AUGUCGAGAAUGCUAGGAUCUAGGCUGGGACUUCAAGUCAAGGGAAUGCACGGAAACGGUCUGCCGCUGCGCGGAGCGUCCAAGCCACACAGUAGAAAGUCCCUGCGAGCAACGUGGCUGAGCAAUUUCGAGCAGAGCACCUCUGUGCCCGCUACUCCUCGCUGUCUGCUGGGAAUUGCCAUGGACGAGGCCCCGUCGCAGGAGCGACUUAUCCGUCAGGAAGGGAAGUGGACGCACGAAGUGAAGGACUUUAAGAAGAUCUGGCCGCUCGAUGAAGACUUCCAACUUGCCACAGCCGCUCCUUUCGUCUUUGACAAUGACCUGCCUGCCGACGAGCAGCUGCUGCAUGCCGAGCGGCUGCGUUUCAAUGGGGCGCAGGUUCUGCCACUAAGAGAUGGGACCGGCGGCCGCGCGACAGCAUACAUGUUGUCCCCGCCUGUUUGUCGAACAGCAGAGCUGGAUGCACAUGUGAACACGCUUGCGGCUAAGGUUAAGCAGGAUGCGUCAGUCCUCAGCCCCCGCUCUUAUCACGUAGUGGCCUUUGGAUCGGCAGGGCAUGCCAUCGCGGAAGGCACAGGGAUUCCAUCAGUUACUGCCCGCUCCUCAGUUGGGCCCAUGACCUCCUCAAGGGCGUGGAAGACCGGAGUGGAGAUCCUUGCGCGCAACGAGGUUCCGACAAGACCCGGCCGAGCUACCAGCUACGUCUCACCAGAUGUGGCUGGUAGAAGCCGGUCCCGCGUCUACUCCGGGGUGAAGGAGACCGCAAGUUCUGGUCGGCCCCAUAGUCUAGACUUCUUGAUAGGUGUCAUCCGGGCAGAAUGCAGCCCCUUCACAAACCAGCCUUUCCCCUACACCAAUGACCGCAAGCACACGAACCAGUGGUGGUAUGUUCCAACUGCAGAAGAGCCGGUGCCGGGGCAGACCUACUAUGUUCUUCAAGUGCCGGGGGCAGUCAGGGAGGGCGCUAUCAAUGCGACUUACAAGGUCCCGAAGGGGCGGGAGAAGCUCCUCGCCUACCAAAUGAAUACGGAAGUCCUGUGCCCCGACACCGUGUCCGUGAGCGUGGGGGAUCCAAUUGCGCACUCUGAGGAGCUAGGGAAGAUCCGAGCAUCAACGACGCCGGGCGCGUCGGGGGCUUCAGUUGGAAAGCUUGGGGAUCGGCCACUGCUUCUGUAUGGCACUCACAUCUGCGCAAACUUUGAUGAGCCACGGUUGUGCAGCGAAGCUGAGGCGAACUUCAACUAUUUCCACAGAGUCACGGAGCCGCAUUGGGCCUGCGCCUAUGUCGAAGGCGUCCUUCCCAUCCUGCAGUCUGUACCGUCCGCAACCUGGCCCGGUAACUACAUGGCAGCCGCCCUUCAGGGGUAUCUGCUGGAGAUGGCCCCCGUUUUGAAGGAGCAGAACUUGUGGCAUGUGGUGGAGUCCUUCUAUGCGGCGCAAAAGUGGGCGCUGCCCUGAUAUGGUAGUGGCAGUGGGCAUGUGAUGCUCUCGAGAUCAGAGUCGUUUCAGAUUGUCGUACGCAUAUCGCUCAAAUGUCUCAUCUUAGUUGUCAAAGCGCAGUGAGACUAAUAGCGCUCCUCCAAUUAGUCAAGAGCUCUACUCAAAACAUAUCUUAAACUGAGAGCGCAAUCGAAAGUGGACCUGAAAUACGUGAGCAGCUUUUUUCCAUCUCAA